GGAGCUGGAGCCGGAGCGCGAGUGUGAUGAUAAACUUUUUCGUUGAGAUGUCGAGAAUUUGAAAGCCUCAGCAGAUUUUUUUACUCUCUUCAAAGCAUGUCGAAUCUGAAAAAAGUCGGAUCGAGACUAGAUGCAGAAGAGGCCGAGGGAGAUGACUGAAAAAUAAUGAUCGAUCGUCGGGAUCCGGGAAUAACCUAUUUUUUUUCUUGGUUUAACGUUGUUAAACUUAGCUGAGUUGAACAUGUCGGAAUCUGUACAACGAAUGGACGAACUCAUCCGAGAUUAUCUCCUUUAUCGUGGUCUGACUAAUUCACUGAAAAGUUUUGACGCCGAAUUGAAGAAUGACAAAGACAAGGGUUUUCGAGCUGAUAAGAUCCUUGAGCAGCUUUUAGGUUUUAUUUCAACCUUUGACCUCUUGGGUUUGAAGAAUUACUGGGAGCAUUUGGAAAGGAGGAUCUUUUCUCAUCUGGAGUAUACCCAUGCUCACAAUGUCAACAAACUACGUAUCAGCAUUCUUAGGCUUUAUGUUGUGAAUGCCAUCCAGUCAAAUAGAACAGAGAAAGUGACAGAAUUCUUUGAGAAGUUGAUUCCUGAGAUUCAGAGCCAGACUGAGUGGAAAGAAUGGUUUGUGUUGCCGUACCUCAGGAACCCAGAGCAGAGUCCAUCAUUUUCUCUCUACUUCAGCAAGCAAUGGGAGGAGACACUAAAGAUAUCGCUUCAUAACUUCCUCAGUAUCAUCUUUCAAUCUAUGCCCCUACCCAUUCUACUUAACUUUGAUGCUGAACACCAGAAGAUUGUUGAGCUUCAGGAAGAGAAUGCUAAAUUACAGGAGCAGGUUAUUAAACUCACUGAUCAGGUAGCCAAGUAUGAGGAUCAGAUGGGCAGGCUUCAAGAACAGGUGAAACUCCUUUCUUCAAGUGAUAAAUCUGAAUCUCAAGAAGUCUCUGAUCAUUCCAGUAAUACUGGUCUUGGUGAAUCACAAGGAAGUCAGCUCAGGAGUUCUCUUAAGAGCACUUCCAAGAAGUCACCGUCCCCUAACAUUGGACGAAGGCUUCUAUCCUCCACCUCCUCAACCCCUUCAACUACGGGAUCAAAGUCUGGACCACAGGGUGUAAGGGGUGCUCUCUCCUCCCUCCUUGGACCAAAGAAGAACCAGGAUCAGUCCCAACAGGUGGCUAAGACCAAGGAAGGGAUAGGACCAAGUGGUAGCAGCGUAACAGGUGGUGGUGGUGGUGGUGUGGCUGGUAGUGGUAUGAAGAAGGUAGACUUUGCAUCAAGCUCUCCUACUCAUAAACCUACUGAGACCAACUCACAGAAUCAGAUUCGACUCCAGCAGCAGCAAACCCUUGAUAAACAGAGACACGAGCUGUUCUCAAAGUCACAACAGAGCCAAGCUCAGCCAAAGACUGCAGAGAAAACACUGUCAUCAACAAGUGGUAUAAAAGAUGUUGAAUUAUCAAGCAUUCUUUCAUUUAAAUCUGAAGCAAGUCAAAGUUCACCAUCACAUAGAUCUCAACCCCCUCCUCUCACUCAAAAACCAUCCCCAAGUUCUACAUUUUACCCAGGCGAAGAAGAAAGUCAUGGAACAUUCCUAAUACUGAGUCAAGAUGAAUACACUGAACAUCAUUCCUCUAUAACAUACAGUAGGUUCUCACCAUCAUCAACUUCAGUAGCAAGCAUGGAUAUCGAUGGAGUAGUAAAAGUAUGGAAGACGACCCCAAACCCUACCACUACAGCAACAAUAAUGUUUAAAUCACCCCUGCUUUCUCUGGAAUGGGUGCCUAAGUCAGAUAGAAUGCUACUCCUUGGUAGUUCAGUUGGAUCUGUCAAGCUGUAUGACUGUGAAGGGAAGAAACCUCUCAAAGAAGCUGACAUGGAUCCUGCAUUCCCUAGGGUUGUAUCUGUUGCCUGCAACCCCGGUGGUACAACGUUUGUCUGUUCUGCAGCAAGCCCGGUAGGAGAGUGGGGUUCUGAUCUCAGUAAACCAGGCUCCCCUCUUCAUGGUACAUGUAAGCUUACAACCUUUGACCUCAAGACACUCAAAUUACAGAAGGAACUUCCUCUAGCAAGAAGUGCUGGUUGUAUAAACUGCACAUCUUUCAAUCACAAUGGCAAUCUGUCUGUAACUGGAGCUAGCGAUGGAAUGGUACGAUUGUUUGACAUUCAGCGUCAUGAGUGUUUAUUGAGUUGGAGAGCACACCAAGGUCAGGUUUAUGCAGCUCAGUUCAGUCCUGCUGAAACAUCUGUAUACAGUAUGGGAUCAGAUGGAAAGUUUACUGAAUGGAGUAUACACAAGGUAGGUCAGAAGCUUCUUGAUAUGCCGAUUCAUGAUGGAGCUACUGGUCCGUUUGUGGUAUCAGGAUUUGGUGGGUACCGGCAGCAGCAAAACCCAAGAGGAAAACUCUUUGCUUUUGACAGCAGCGGGAACUAUGUACUAACCUGCGCUCCCCAUGGAGGGGUUAUAUACAAGCUGAACAAGGAGAAAGGCAUGUUACGGACUUUGACCAUCCUUGGACACCGAACACCUGUUGUAAGUGUUGACUGGUGUACAACACUUAACACUGGAGUAUGCUUGAGCGGAUCAAUGGAUGGAAGAGUCCAAGUGACUACUUUACUCAGUCAAUAAUCCAAUGUAUUUAACCCAUUAGCAAUUUGAAAGCCAGUUAGAAUAACAAAAUAUAGAGAUUUAGGCCUCUGUUAGACCUCAAGGGAUUACCACAUGGAGACUCCAUCUCUGCAAUUUAACCAAAUCAUCUAUGAAAGUAAAGAAAUGCUUACCAAAGAUUAAGAAAAUAUCUACACAUGGAUACUUUGUAUUCUUUUUUAAGCUCUGCUAGCAAACAUUUUAUAACUUCAUAAAAAUUAUAAUAAUAAUAAUGGUCAGUUUUUGGAUAGCGCAUAACACUUAACAAAUAAGUCUCUAUGCACUUCAGAAAAUAAAGGAGAGGAAGAGAAGAGGAAGAUAUGUGUUGGUGAGUUCACUUUGUUGAGGUUAGGUACAAUUUAAGUAUGUUUUAAGGGUUGUUUUGAAUUUGAUAACUGAAUGGAUUGUUUUCCGGGAAUUUGUUCCAUAAAAUGGGCUGCAUGAGCAAAUGAAUGUUUACCAUAUGUUUUUGUUGAUAUUGGAGUAACGAUUAAUAAAUUCUUACUUUGUGAAUGUAAACAACGUGUUGAAAAUGAAAGAGAUGUACCAAAAAUAAUCAAAAAUCAAGGUCACUCUCAUCAGACUUUGUUAAAUGCAUUGGAUUAUUGACUAAGUAAAGCAGAGGAAGGUACUCAAACUAUUGACACAUGUUGUAGCCCUCAGUCAAAGAGUGCCUUGUGAUUGGAAUCUAGAUAAUGGAUGAAUGCAUAUCACUCUGCCAUAUUCAUCACACUUACUAGAAUAGCAGAGAGAAGUACAUAUGUAUACCAAAAUGAAAAAAAAUCAUUAGAAAAGGUCCAUAUCCAUACAUUUGUUUCUGUUUGCUGGCUUUCAAACAGCUGAUACCUAUGUGUACAGGUGAAUGAUGGCUAUGAAGUCAUGGUGAUGUCAGUAUGCAUUGCAUGCAAUAUGCACAGACAUUACAGGCCUUCUCUCUUUAACAUAUCGGUCAUCAGUUAAAUUGCUUCUGUGGUAUUAGCCAGUUGAGGUUUUUAAUUCUAGAUAUAAGAGGUGUUCUGAACUAUAAUUUGAUAAAUUAUUUGAGAAUGAAAUUUAGUACAUAAUUAUGAAGGUUGAAAGAUAUAGAUUUAUAUCUGAGAUGUAGGAUUGUAGUAGCAUUAGUUCCCCCCCUGUUUCUUCUUGAUUAAUCUAUCACAGACUCAUUCAUUACAUUUACUCCAUAGUUGAAGAUGAUGAUUGUAGCUUAAAUCUUGCCAGUUCAUAUAAUUAGUUUAACAAUAAUUAGCUGAGGUCAAAUUAAAUAGAAGAAAUUUUAUGUAUUUUAUGCAAGGGACAAGCAGCAUACUUAAAGCCAUGCAAUUUCUGUCUUACAGUAUUCCAUGUUUUAUAAGUAAUAUUUCAUAUCUUGUUUAAAAUCAUUCCAGCCAAAAAAGAAUGUUUUUUAUGAAUAUGUUAUGAUGUUAAUGAUGUAAACAGUCAACACUGUUUUAACCCUUUCCACACGUACUUUGCAGAAAUGCACUCUCGGUGCUGUGCAAACUUCGCAUUUCACUCUCAAACAAACAAUGCAUUGUUUUCUUACCUGAAAACAAUUCAGCACAGAGAGGUUCAUAGCCCAGCGCACAAAGAGUUAACAAUUACCAUAAGUUUUUGCAAUAUUUGUAUCCUGCUUUAUAUUUUUUACAGGAGAUCAGGAUAUUAGUAACCUUCAUGUUUAUCAGACGAAAUCCCAAAGAAUAUGUAUAUGGGAAAUCCCACAGAAUUUAUUAUGGACAAUAUAUUUUGCCAUUAUAUUUUAGGAUUCUGUUAUACUAGACCUUUGAAAUCAGUUGAUGUAGAUGAAGGUUGAAUGAAGCCUCAUGGUAUAAGAGGUAAAGGAAGAAGGAUUUUAUUCUAGAAUAUUUCUUUUGCAGAUAAUUGCAUAAAUAACAUUUUUUUUAUUCAAGAAAUUAUGGAGUACAACAUUCCAAAUUAUUUUUCAAAGGUUACCUGUUGAAUACCUUCUUAGACAGACCAAGACCUGAAAGGACUAUGAAAUAGUAUUGAAAUGAUCGAAACAAGACAUUGAAAUUUUAUGCACAAUGUUUGAAUUUUAGGGAAUCCCUCUUGAGUAGCAUAUAUUCCUCAAAAAUAUUAAGCAGAAUGAGAGCUAUCUGGAAAUACUCAGGGUUUCAAACCAAUUUCAUAUCAUUCCAAAUUAUUACGAUUCAAAGUGAUUUCAUGACAUUGAAAAGAAAAAAAUCUUGAAAUAUUUCAAAAAACUUUAGAGAUUUAUUACUUGUAUAUAUCUAGCACUUAAUAUGUUUGUCAUUGAAAGAUUAUGAGAUAUUAAACAUUAGAUACAGAAUUGUUUUUUUUGUGUGUAAUUUGUUUUUAGAAGGAUAGAAUCCAUGCGGGCAUGUUCACUGAAUACUAUAGAUGAAGGUGAUGAUGAUGAUAAAAAUCAAAAUUACCAUUCCUAUAUCAAUCA